UGUUCUAUAUUUUUGCAGCCUACUCUAACAGGUUACGUUUUAGAAAAAACAUUGAUUUGAAAUAUCAGAAAAAUGUUGAUGUUCACACGAAAAAUAAUUGGAGAUGUUUACUUGCACCAAAGCAAGAGUCUUAACUUUCAUAUGAUCCAACUGAUGCAUAUGAAUGCAGAUCAACUGAAAGAAAAACAAAAGGAAAUGAUGGCUCGUAGUUUGCCCAAACAGAAACCUAUCAAGGGUGUAAAACAGAUUUUGAUUGUGGCAUCUGGUAAAGGAGGUGUUGGAAAAUCAACAACUUCUGUCAAUUUAGCUGUAGCUUUGAAAAAUAUUGAACCAAAUAAAACAGUAGGAUUGCUAGAUGCUGAUGUGUUUGGUCCAUCUAUUCCCUUAAUGAUGAAUUUGCACGAGGCUCCAAUGUUGAAUAAAGAUAAUCUGAUGGAGCCACUUGUGAAUUAUGGGGUAAAAUGUAUGUCAAUGGGAUUUUUAAUUGACAAAAAGUCUUCUGUGGUGUGGAGAGGUCUGAUGGUAAUGAGUGCAUUAGAUAGAAUGAUUCGUCAAGUUUCAUGGGAUCCCUUGGAUUAUUUGAUUAUAGACACACCUCCUGGUACCGGGGAUACUCAUUUAUCAUUAAUUCAAAAUAUACCAGUUGCUGGUAGUAUUUUAGUUACAACCCCUCAAAAAGCAGCUGUUGAUGUCACAAGGAGGGGAGCAUCAAUGUUUCACAAGGUCAAUGUUCCAAUUGUUGGCAUUGUUUCCAAUAUGACUAAUGUUAUCUGUCCGAAUUGCAAUACCAAAGUACCUCUGGCCAAAGACACGACAGAUAGCUUAGCCAAAGAAUUGGACACCAAAAUUUUAUGUAAAAUUCCACUGGAGGAAAGUAUUAUGGACUGCUGCGAUAAUGGUAAACCUAUUGUACUUAGUGCUCCAAAUUCAGAGACAGCAAAAUCCUACAAAGAAUUGGCUCGAGCAGUGUCAACAUUUUUAAAAAUUCGCUUAAUCCAUUCUGACUAUCGCGGUAAAAACAUGGAGAGCAAGUUUACCAGCAUACAUUCUAGCCCAGAUGCGGAUAUUCACGACGUGCCGAUGGACGUACUGAUACGACCAUUUCAAUUAUCAGUUAAUAAUGAAAAAGUGGAAAGUUUGAUGAAAACAUUGAAAGAUCCCAGCACCGAGCACCAAGUACCGCCUGUAGAUAUCCUUUGGAUCAAGGGCAAAAAUGGUGGAGAUUAUUAUUAUUCAUUUGGAGGAUGUCAUCGUUACGCCGCUCACAAGCGAUUAGGAAAACCGACCAUCAAAGCGAAAAUCGUCGAAUCCACGAUAGCAGACUUGAAGACUUACCUGGGAAACUCGACUCCCGACUUGAAGUAAUUUUUAUAUGAUUGUUGAACUCGUUGUUUAUUUAUUUUUUACUUUAUUUUUAAACGUGGCAAGCACGAUCUCGCUCCACGAUGCAUAAUUAUUGUUUUUUUUUCGCAUUUUGAGUCAAAUGCGAGCAAUCAACACCUUAUUAAAUAAUCGUGAAAAGUGCAUUAUGCUCGAGCAAGGUCAAUGAAAAUAAAUAAUGUGCAUUUUAUUAGCAUAUUUACUUAUAGAAUAAAAGAACACCAAAAAUGCAAAGACUUGUGUUGCAUUUGAAAUCGAACGAAUUUUAAUAAGAUUUUUAAAUAAAAAAGAAUAAUGCGAUAGAAUUCAAUAUUUGCAAUUGUUUAUUAUUUUCUCAUCUUUUGCAAAAUUACUAUAGUGAUUCCAUUUUAGUAGAAUAAUACUUCUUUUUUUUACGCUUUACUCAAGUGUACACAAAUCAGUUUUUCAACCCAUUUCAUUAAUUCUACAUUUAAAUCACAUGCUCACAUAAUAGAUAACAUCUAUAUUGCCCUAUCAUACCGGUAUGUUUAAAAUACAAUAAUUGCAUUACGUCAAACUUCCCAAUAACUCAAUUGGUUUUCGAAAAUAAUAUAAAAAUUAUAUACCUCUGCUUUCAUAGAGUAUCUUACAAAUUAUGUUAGCAGUAUCGAAUGAGUCUCAUAGUCAAUCAAAUUGCAUCAACUGUUUUAUAUUAUUGACUAAUUAAAAUUUUCUUGUAAAAAUAAAACUAAUUGCACUUUCCAAAAGUAUAAAAAAAUC